AUAAGUCUACGACGGCAAUUCACAUUCAUUCAUUUCAAUUUUAGGAUUUUAUAUUCUCCUUUUAAAACUUCCUAUCUUCAGGAUCGGUACCUACCGUACCUAGCUGAAUCGAUCGAAGAAGAAGAAGAAGAAGCUGGAAACCAUGCAGCAUGCGAUCCCUUACCGGACAUGGCUACCGGUGCCGCCGGGCAGCCCAGUAGGGAUAGGUGGAGCAACUUCAGCUUCAGCUGUUACUAAUGGUGGAAACAUUGGAAAGGAUGUAAAGGGAUUGGUUUCAGAGAACGCUGUGAUAGUUUUUGGGAGGAGAGGUUGCUGUAUGUGUCACGUGGUGAAACGGCUCUUGGUUGGGUUAGGUGUGAACCCAGCUGUGUUUGAGGUGGAUGAGCAAGAUGAGGCUCCAGUGAUUGAUGAAUUAAUGGCUUCCAUCAAAACUAGUACUAAUGAGAUGCCACCACAGUUCCAGUUCCCUGCUGUGUUCAUUGGAGGGAAGUUGUUUGGAGGGUUGGAUCGCCUUAUGAAUGCUCAUAUCUCUGGGGACCUCAUACCCUUACUGAAGAAGGCAGGAGCCUUGUGGCUUUAAAUUUUUCAUUGACCCUUUUAAGAUAUGAUUUUCAAGUUUCCCCUUUUCUUCUUUCUUUACCCUUUAUACCUUCUGUUUCCUCUUUCUUCAAGCAAUUUGAGAGAGGAAUUAAUGUAGUUUUUUUUUUUUUUUCUUUUUUUAAUUUUGUCCUCCUUUACAAUUUAGAAAUGUGAAGAUUGAUUCUCCUCCUUUUCAUAUGUAAGUAAGUAUUGGAAAGAAAAAAGAAAGACUAUGACCUAGGGUUCUUCAAUUAUGUGAUUUCUGUAUAAUUAAUAAGAGAGAAAGAAAAGGGAAAAGGUGUACUCGAGGCACAAGGCUCUCACCACUGUGAGAUCUGAAUUAUCAAUGAACUAAAUUUAGUUUUGGGUUUGAUUGAA